AUGCCUCGGGAUGCUCGUGCGCUCGUUGUGAAAGAGCUCGGCGGACCAUUCAGUUUCGAAGAUGUCGUCGUAGACGACAUACAAUCCAACGAAGCUCUCGUCAAAAUCGAAGCCUCGGGACUUUGUCGAACGGAUCUACACUGUGCAGCCGGCCACCGCCCAGUACAAGCACCCGCCGUAUUCGGCCACGAAGGUGUGUGCGCAGGGACAGUGCUCAAAGUAGGAGACGAUGUUGCAGACAUCAGACCAGGUGACAGAGUACUCCUCAGCUACUCCAUCUGCAACACCUGCAAGCAAUGUUCUUCUGGCCACCGCGCCUACUGCGAAAACAUGCUCGGCCUCAAUUUUGGAGGCAAGCGCGAGGAUGGGUCGAAGGCAUUGACGCUAAAGUCUGAUGGGAAACCACUGUUCAGCAGUUUCUUCGGACAGAGCUCGUUUUCCAGUAUCGCUGUUGUGAAUGGCACUAGUCUGGUAAAGGUGCCCCAGGACACACCUCUGGACUUGUUUGCCUCACUGGGGUGUAGUAUGCAGACGGGCAUUGGUGCUAUAUUCAAUACGUUGGAUGUGCAGCAAGGGUCUACGGUGGCUGUGUUUGGCACAGGCUCGCUGGGACUAUAUGCGAUCAUGGCAUGCAAAUUGCGACGAGCAAGAGAGAUCAUCGCGAUAGACAUAAUGCCAUCGCGGCUGCAAUUGGCGAAAGAGCUGGGGGCAACGGCUACUAUCAACAGUUCCGAAGAUGGCGAUGUCGCGCAACAGAUUCGCGACAUCUGCAAGGCGAAUGGGGUUGAUCGCGCACUUGACUGCUCGGGUGUUGCGCCCAUUAUCGAAAUAAUGGUUGACUCGCUGGGCACCAGGGGUAAAGCGUGCUCGGUGGGCUCCAACGUGCCCGGCACGCGCGUCAGCAUAGAUGUACACAAGCAUUUUGUGCUGGGCAGAGAAUACGUGGGUUGUCAUCAGGGAGAUUCGAAUCCGCACGAGAUGGCACCAAUGCUUUUGGAGGAGCAUCGACAAGGGAGACUGCCCUUGCAGAAGGUUACAACCUCCUACGAUGUACAAGAUUUCCAGCGUGCGUUCGAAGACGUCGAGUCAGGCAAGGCUGUAAAGGCUGUUUUGAUCUGGCAAUGA